AUGGCAGGGUCUGGCAAAAAGCAGUCCGGUCGAGAUAAAACGGACUACAGUGAACUCUGGGUGUUCCUAUCACCUUUUGUGGUCAGAACGACAUCGCAGCUACGGACUAUGCCUGGCGUUGCGUCUGACCCCGGAAAGGACAAGCUACAACGCGAACCCCCCAAGGCUAUCUCUGUUCAGCAUUCAACCGGUCGAUUCUACCCAUUCCCACAGCCCGGCGACGAACAACUUGCUCGUCUCCGGCGUCGCGUCUUUUUCUCGGUUUCGGUCCUGCUCAUCGGUGUAGAGUGGAGAGAAACCUGA